AACAGGUAGGAAAUAUUUCGUAUAAUAUUUUUACUAAAGAGUAACAUUGUACAAUAUUUCGUUUUCGUCCUUUUUUGAAAAAAAAAGAUGGAAGAAAAGCCAGAGGAGGGGCCUUUGGAAAUAUUCAAAGAGGCGUUAUUCGAAGAUAAUCUAUCAUUACAGAUAGAAGCAGUCAACAAGACAGAAAACAUAGCUAAGAUCAUAGGAGAAAAAUCCACCCGAGAAGAACUACUUCCUUUCCUAAAAGACGUCUUAAUCGAACUCCAUGAAGAAGUCUUGUUAAAUCUAUGUGUCCAACUGAGGCAGUUUGUGCCUCUAGUGGGUGGUUUGGAGCAUUCCACUAUUCUGUUCGAUAUCCUUACCACCCUUUGCAGAACAGACGAAGUGGUGAUAAGAGAUGCAGCAAUUGAUACAUUAGUUUAUUUAGGAAAAGAUCUGAAUGGUGAGCAGGUAAAAGAGUUUAUUUGGCCGGUACUGAGUGAUCUAGAAGGGGAUUCGUGGUUUACCAGCAAGUGUUCAACGAUAGCGUUAUAUCCGACAAAGGUAAACUAAACAAACAAAG